GUUGCAAAUUUCGCCUCUUCUUUCUCCAAACAUUUAUCGUCACCGCAAAUGUAAAAAUAUGCAACUAACUAAUAUGAAAGUCAGCAAAUAGUUUCCUCACUUCUCUGUUACUCUUCUGUUUUUGCCUCUCUCUCACACUCAUCGUUCAAAGCCUAGAUUCUCCAUCUUUCUUAUGUUCUAAAGAUGGCGGGAUCUAACCAAAUAUCUACCUUUGAAUCAGUGAGGGAAUGGGUCUCCGACCACAAGCUUCGCACCGUUGGAUGUCUCUGGCUAAGCGGAAUAACGGGAUCAGUCGCUUACAAUUGGUCAAAACCCAACAUGAAAACCAGCGUCAGGCUCAUCCAUGCGAGGUUGCACGCACAGGCACUCACAUUAGCCGCGUUAGCUGGUGCUGCGGCCGUUGAGUAUUAUGAUCAUAAAACUAACAAAAAUGCCGAAAGAUAUCCCAGGUUCCUUGACAUGAACUCGUAUGCACAGAAGAAAUGAACAUGCCGCCUUCAAUGGACAAAGCAUUGAGCACACGAUUCAAUUUUUGUGCAUUUUUGUGGGUUUCCUUUAUGUUAAAUUCUUUACAUGGUAGCAUGAGUCAUUUUCUGGCUAACAUGUGUCUCUUGUGUAUUGAGUAAAUGGACCAAAACCUACAGCAUUUUGCUCUCUACUUUUGGUUUCUUUCCUCUUUUCUUUUUUUCUGUGUGUUGAGUAAAUGGACAAAAUUGUUAAUGGUUCGGAUCUUUUAUGUCAAUUGAUUAUUAUCAUAGAGGUUAUAAGGUUA